AUGGCCGUUUGGGGCAAUUAUUACCGCGCAAUUAUCGUGCUCAUCGGAUUUCUGUGCCUCGUAUCGGUUUGCUCGAACUACAUCAUUAUCAAUUUCACCUUUAUUUGUAUGAAACAAGAUUUGAAUGAUGCUGUUGAAAACAAUGGGACUCUGAAAAGCAUUUACGAUUAUACAAGUGAUGAGAAAAAAUUGAUAUUAUGGGCUGUCGCUGCUGGAACAAUCGUCGGAACAUUCCCAAUAAACGUGUUGUACGUGCACUUUGGAGCCAAAUUGCCAUUUUUCUUGGCGGGAGUCCUCUCGGCAACCACAACUGCUUUAACACCUUGGGCAGCUCAUGCAAAUUUCCAUUUUCUGCUUUUUCUUCGAUUCUUACAAGGCGUCGCUUAUUCUGCCGAUUUUGCCGCAAUUGGAGUCAUCAUCGCAAAAUGGGCUCCUUUGAAGGAAACUGCAAUAUUCAUUGCGAUUUUGACAUCCUUUUCCUCAAUUGCUUCAAUAAUCACUAAUGGAGUAAGCGGAGUGAUAUGUGAGUCGUCGUUGGGAUGGAAAUGGUCGUUCUAUUUCCAUGCGAUUGCUUGCCUAGUUGUAUUCACAAUUUGGCUCAUCAUCUAUGAGGAUAAUCCGGCGAUCCAUAGGAAUGUCUCAAAAAAGGAAUUGAGCAAGAUUCAGAAGAACAAAUCGGCUGCUCAUUUGGAAGAAAAACCGCAAGUGCCUUAUAAGGCGAUCAUUACGAGUCCGACUAUCCUUUGCGUUUGGUUGUGUGCAUUUACCGAGCUAUCAUCGCUGAUUCUGAUAACCACUUAUGCUCCAAUUUACUUCAGAUUCGUCCUAAAAUUUCCGAUUAAACAGAUCGGUCUUUAUGUCGGAAUAAUUGCUGCUGUCCAUUUGCCACUUCGUUUUGUUUGCGCAUUUUUGAGUGAUAAAACAAAAUGUAUGUCGGAACGAGCCAAAAUCUUGAUCUUCAACACAAUCGCCGUCGGAUUUGUUGGAGCAUCGUUCAGUCUUUUCGGCUAUAUUCCCGAAGAGAAUCGAGUGGCCGCGGUUUUUGUGCUGGCGAUUCUUGAAUGUUUCAUGAGUUUCAAUUGCGGCGGAUUUUACAAAUGCGGCACCCUCCAUGCUCGUCAAUUCUCGCACGUUGUUAUCUCGGCGAUUCAAUUCACCAAAUGCGUCGCUCUUUUCACCGGACCCGCGUUGGUCGCGCAUUUCGUUGAUGAUGAGUCGAAUCAGAAACAGUGGACGCAUGUCUUUAAUGUUGUCGCUGUGUUUAUGAUAGUGGCGAAUAUCCUCUCAUUAUUCUUGUUUACUGAUAAGCCAGCAAAAUGGACAGAUACCAUGGGAAGUGUGGAGUAUAAAGCAAGAUCAUCAUCAUGAGAAAUGGAUCCCGAACAGAACCCGACUCGUCAUAUCAAUGAAAAGGGAAUGAGCAUCAUUGUCACUUCGCUAUUCAUUGUUGGCGAAAUCGCUGGAGCCGGAUUAAUUGCUCUUCCGACAGCAAUGCUCGCUACUGGCAUUGUGGCUGGAGUAUUUCUUCUAUUGGCCGCUUGCAUCGUCUGCGGAUAUACUGCCUUUCUGCUGGCCGACAACUGGACGAUGUUGCAGGAUUUGUAUCCAGAAUAUCGAGAACAUUGUCGAAAACCAUAUCCGUCGAUGGGACAGCGAGCGGUGGGACCAAAAUUUGCCCAUUUCGUCUCCGCUAUUCUCCAGAUUACUCAAUUCGGAACCGCCGUCGUAUUUGUCUUAUUGGCCUCGAAGAAUUUCGAGAACAUUUUGCACGCCAAUUUCGGAACUCAUAUCAGCUUCUGCUACAUGAUCAUUAUCGUCGCGAUGUCCGUGUUCCCUUUCACACUUCCAAAAUCACCCAAGGAUUUUUGGCUGGUUGUAGUCUUCGCCAUGCUGAGCACUUCCAUAUCCGUGUUUCUCAUAUUGAUCGGAUCAUACAUGGAUUCGUCAACGUGCAAACAAGACGUCUAUUAUCCUCCGCUGAAUGUUUCAAAAUCGCUGAUGUCGUUCGGAACAAUCAUUUUCGCGUAUGGCGGCCACGCGGCGUUUCCAACAAUUCAGCAUGACAUGAUAAAACCCGACAACUUCAAGAAAUCGAUUGUUUUAUCGUUUUCAUUAACACUUCUCUAUUAUAUUCCCGUUAGUGUUGCUGGCUAUUUGGUGUAUGGAUCAUCAAUCACUGACUCGAUCAUUCCGUCUCUUCAAAAUGUCACCAUCCAAACAGUCGUCAAUUUGCUCAUCUCUGUUCACGUUGCUCUAGCUCUUACCGUAAUCUUCAAUCCAUUAAAUCAAGAACUUGAAGAGAUCCUCAACCUUUCUCAUGAUUUCGGAAUAAGUCGCGUCGUUUCUCGCGGAUUCGUGAUGCUGAUGGUAGUUUUUGUCGCCGAAACAGUGCCCAAUUUUGGGGUUCUGCUUGAUCUCGUUGGUGGCUCAACAAUCACCAUAAUGGCUCUUGCUCUACCAGUUAUUUUCAAUUUUUCGUUGACAACAAUAAAAAAGAAACGAGAAAUGAAAGGAAAAGAAGCCAACGACGAUACGAUUACAUUAAAAGAAGUGUAUGACACAAUCCCGAAAGUUAAAUUCUUGAUUGGAAUACUUAUCCUACUUAUUGCUUUAUUUGGCGGUAUUGCUGCGACGUAUUCUUCUCUCCAAACCAUGUUGCAAAGCGAAUUCAGCCCUCCAACAUAUGCUCGCUUUUGGAGCGAAAAGGCGAGACUGCUCGAAGAGCAGAAAAUCACAGCUUUUGAAAACGGAAAAAUUGCCUGCUGCGGAAUGUAUCGCAACAUUUCCGCCCUCGGUCACAAUUCUUGCAUUCUGACGCCUGCUUUUCUAGAAGCGAUUCCAAAGAAGUAA